AUGAACCGCCUAUCAUACGAUGUGCAAAUGGAGACCACGAUCAUGUAUGACCCGCCAAUGGGUUCCUCGGUUCUACAUAUCCGCCGGUUCAAAACACCCAACGGUUACCUAUCAUACCCGUGGUACUGGUAUGCCACCAUCCUCUGGUGUCUUUCGAACGGCACGUCGCACAGGUUUCAGCCGGCACACUCGGACGAUUGUCGUCCCGUCAUGUAUGGCAAGGCCAAAAUGUACCGUGAUCGUCUAGGUCUUGCUCAGCUACCGUGCACGCUCUUUCACUUUCGCAAACUCAUCUCGGGAACCUUACUGUUGCAAUUAAUGAUACUUAUCUCUUCGUGCAGGCAGACGAAACAAGGCUUCGCCCUUAAGUCCGCUCUGUCAGAGCAGCAUACAUUGUGCCAUCGCCCUUUCGCCCACCACACCUUACUUCAGGACCUUGGAUACUACUCGUAUCCCACUGCCCAGGGUUUCGCAUCGCUGCUACUCAUCCGCACUUGCCGCCGCGCCGAACAAGUUCCGAACCUUAGUGAAGAUCCUGCCACACUUGUCGGGAGUCCAUUGUUGUGUAACCCGGCAUGCCCUCCCUCUCGUGCAGGGCCCGGGGGAUCGCUCCAGUUCUUCCAAGUUAUGCCGCCCUGGAUUGGCUUCGCGUUCCUCGGGACGUGUUGCCAGCACUUGCUGAUCGAAAGACUCAUGUGCAACCCCUUCCACCGGCCUUGUCCGUAUCCUCAAGGCUCGGGCGUGACCAAAGGUAACAUGGAUUAUCAGUUAUCACGAUCCCGCCAUUCGGCUCCGCCCUUCUGGGAAGAUCAUCGUCAGCUCAUCAGAGUACCUCCCCUCAAAGCCCAGAAAAUUAACAAGGUCGCAAGAAUAUACCUGGUGCCAUCCACACGGACGGUGUCCUUAUAUUUAUGA